GUUCGGAGGGUCUGAGGUGCUGCCGCCAUUUUGUCAGGCGUCCCGGUGCCAGCUCGGCCGCGGCCAUGCGUCCCGGAGUGAAGCUGUUCGUGGGGAACGUGCCCGAGGAGGCCACGGCCGAGGAGCUGGGCGAGCUGUUCACGGGCGCGGUGGGCCAGGUGCUCGGCGUGGCUCUCAUGAAGCAGUUCGCUUUCGUUCACCUGCGGGAUGAGGCGGCCGCUGUCCGCGCCAUCGCCCAGCUCAACGGGCACCAGCUGCACGGCCGCCGCAUCGUGGUGGAGCCGUCCCGCCCGCGGCCCACCAACACCUGCAAGAUCUUCGUGGGUAAUGUUUCGGCGGCCUGCACCAGUGGAGAGCUGCGGGCGCUCUUCCAGCAGUACGGGCCCGUGGUGGAGUGCGACGUGGUGAAAGACUAUGCAUUUGUUCACAUGGAGAAAGAAGCAGAUGCAAAAGUUGCCAUCGAAAAUCUUAAUGGAAAGGAAGUGAAAGGAAGAAGAGUCAAUGUGGAACUCUCUACUAAUGUUCAGAAAAAGGGGGCAGGACAAAAUGCCCAGGCAGGCACCAAUGCUGACAAGAGCAAGAGAGCAAGUGUGGACUUUAGAGAGAAAUAUCAACCCAAGAUUGACGGUUACGAGCAGCUUAGGCCUACAGACUCUACAUAUCCAUCAGUCUCUGCAGGAUACACUGCAUCCUCGCUCUACGAUUAUCAGCAGCGCUUCGGUGGCACCAACACUUCAAGCAAAUACAACUCCUUUGACACUCAGACAAGGCAAGCAUCUCCCUCAUAUUUUGGAAGGGACAGAAGCCCAAUUCGACGAUCACCAACAAGAAUCGGCUUUGCCACUGUGUCGCUACCCAUGACAGCACAACCAGCAUCCUACAGAGCUCAGCCAUCAACCUCACUGGGUGCAACCUACAGAGCUCAGCCCUCUGCAUCUCUCGGAAUGUCUUACAGACCCCAGCCAACAACGGGACAGGCAGCAUCUUACAGGGCCCAGCCCUCGACCUCACUUGGAAAUACUUACAGAACCCAGUCCUCUAUUUCACUAGGAGCUUCUAAUACCCAGCCUGCAGCCUCAUCACUAAAUUCCUACAGCGCCCAGGCUGCUGCUGCUGCUUACAACACCCAGGCUGCAGCUUCCCAGUUAGCCUCUUAUGGGGUCCAGUCCACAGCAACACUAGCAUCAUCCUAUGGAGCUCAGCCUUCGGCCUCGCAUGCAGCCUCUUAUGGUACUCAGCCUGUGGCUGGUUACUCAGCCUCCUAUGGAGCUCAGCCAACAGCCACACAUGCAGCUGCUGCCUAUGCAGCUCAGCCUGCAGCUGGUCACACAGCCACCUAUGGAGCCCAGCCUGUGGCCACACACGCAGCCGCCUAUGGAGCCCAGCCUGCAGCCAGCCACUUGGCUUCUUAUGGAGCCCAGCCUGUGGACAGCCACUCAACCUCUUAUGGCGCCCAGCCUGCAGCUACUCUCUCAGCCUCAUAUGGUGCUCAGCCUGUGGCUGGCCAUUCAGCCUCGUAUGGUGCCCAGCCUGCAACUGCUCUCGCAGCCUCGUAUGGCGCCCAGCCUGUGGCCGGUCAUUCAGCCUCGUAUGGCGCCCAGCCUACAGCUGUGCUCUCAGCAACCUAUGGCACCCAGCCUGCAUCCACUCUGGCUGCAUCUUAUAGCAAUCAGUCUGCAGCAGCUUCCUACAAAUCACAGGUCCCUGCUACACUGACCACACCCUAUAGAACACAGUCUUCAAACUCAAUGUCUGCUUCAUAUACAGCACAGCAGCCCUCCUCUGUUCCCUUGGCAGUCACUUUCAGAGCUCAGCCUGUGACUGCAUAUGAUGGGCCAACCCAGCUUGGACAACAAGCAACCCCGUAUUUGGGACUGUCUCAGUCUUCUGCUGCUGCUGUUGCCAUCGCACCACCAUAUGAACGCACCCGCCUCUCUCCUCCACGGAGUGCUGGCUAUGACGAUCCUUUCAAAAAAUCAUCUGCUUUGGCUAAAAGGUACAGUUCUGACCGCCGUUUAUCUGACCUCUCAGAUUACCGUCGUUUAGCAGACUCGCCACUUGUGUACCGUCAUUCGCCGACAAAGUCCCCGCUGGAUUAUCGCCGUCUUCCAGAAGCGCAUUCCGACUAUGCCCGUUAUUCGGGUGCCUAUGGCGAUUAUAUGCAUACUGCUCGGCUACAUUCUAAUUACCAGCGCCGCCUGUAGUGGGGUUGGGGUUCCUGUUUCAGAUGGGGGCAGUAUCAUUGAUUACAUGUUCCCCAUUGGGACACGCUUUCUUAGCAUAAAGCCAAUCUGCGUCUUUACUAGGCUGGCUUCCUCAUUCAGUUCUCUGCAGAUUCUGAGUUAUUAAAUUUCCUUCCCUCCCAUGCUAUCUCAGGUGUCAUUACAGCCUGUCGUUUUGGCUCUGUUCCUUCAUGUCACUUGAUUAAAGAAUUAUUUGAGGCGAUAGUAUGAGGCGUCUCUGAGACAUGCUACUACAUCCAACACAAAUAGCAUUCUCCUGGUCUUUACUUUGAGGGAUUUUAUUUUCAGCUGCCUUUUUUGUUGCGUUUUUAGAAUGA